GUGGGCAGGUAACGGUUAACUCCUCCACAAGUGGGGGAAAGAUGUACUGAGCAGGGGAGAGGGAGAGGGAGAGAGAGAGAGAGAGAGAGCGAGAGAGCUGGAUUUCCAGAGCGCAUUCAAAGUGCGCCAACGGGAUCCUUUCUUGGCAACAAGGGGAAGAAAAUUAUAAAACAUGUUGGAGCCGUGCGUCAAAAAUCCACAAGAUUCCUGAGAGGGGUUGAUUCGUCGGAGGGAGGAUUUGUGCCAAAGCGCGACUCGAGGAGCAAGCGGAUUCAUGCAAAUUCAUUUUAAAAAAUCAUAGGCGUGCCUUUGGGCGAUGGAGUCACGGCCGGAAAAGCAAACCCCCUCCCGGAUCACCAGCGACCUUCAAAGACCGCGGUGCGCAGCGCUCGGACACAUUGACUGAGGCACCGGGGCGGAUGUGUGAAGAGCACCGAGGAACAGAAGACACAGUUCGGGCUCCUUCCUCCACGCGACAGCUCCUCUGCUGCGCCACCGGACCUCCAGCCACACGCGUAUUGCAUUGCUGUCACUAUUUAGCUUGGGUGUUCACAUUUUUCUUACUAUAUAUAUAUACAUAUAUAUAUAUUUACAAGUUUACAGUCAAUUUGAACGACUUAAGGCAGUGAGGAUCCUGAUGUGGAUGAAGUUUCCGUCUCAUCCAAUCUGUGCGUAAAAGACGCGAUCACCGAUUUGUUCUUAUUUUAAGAACGCUAUCCGUUUUGUUUCUUUUGUUUUUCCAUCCCGUUUAUUUCAUUUAAAUCGCCGAGGACUUUUCACCAUGUCAGAGGACGACAGCAGCACCAGCGGCGGCGCCAGCUCUACUGUGUCUGACCCCGAAGGCGGCAGCAACGUCAGCGUCCUCAACUGGGAGCAAGUGCAGCGGCUGGACGCCAUCCUGACGGAGACCAUCCCGAUCCACGGCCGCGGCAACUUCCCCACCCUGGAGAUGCAGCCGCGGCACAUCGUCAAAGUGGUGCGCAGGCGGAUGGAGGAAAAACAGAUCCACGUCCGGGACGUGCGGCUAAACGGCUCCGCGGCCAGUCACAUCCUGCACGGGGACAGCGGGCUGGGCUACAAGGACCUCGACCUCAUAUUUUGCGCAGAUAUGAAAGGAGAACGCGAUUUCCAGACUGUGAAGGACAUCGUUUUGGACUGUCUCCUGGAUUUCUUACCCGACUGUGUGAAUAAACAGAAAAUAAGCCCGCUGACGUUAAAGGAAGCCUACGUGCAGAAGAUGGUGAAGGUGUGUAACGACUCGGACCGCUGGAGCCUCAUCUCCCUCUCCAACAACCGCGGGAAGAACGUGGAGCUCAAGUUCGUGGACUCUCUCCGGCGGCAGUUUGAGUUCAGCGUUGACUCCUUUCAGAUCAAGCUGGACUCCCUGCUGCUGUUCUACGAGUGCUCCGAGAACCCCAUGGCCGAGACCUUCCACCCCACCAUCAUGGGCGAGAGCGUGUACGGGGACUUCAGCGAGGCCCUGCACCACCUGCGUCACAAGUACAUCUGCACCCGGAACCCGGAGGAGAUCCGGGGCGGGGGUCUCCUGAAGUACUGUCACCUGCUGGUGAGGGGCUUCCGGGCCGCCUCCGAGUCCAAGAUGAAGUCCCUGCAGCGCUACAUGUGCUCGCGCUUCUUCAUCGACUUCUCGGACAUCGGGGAGCAGCAGCGCAAGCUGGAGUCCUAUCUCCAGAACCACUUUGUGGGCCUGGAGGACCGCAAGUACGACUACCUGAUGACCCUGCACGGAGUGGUCAACGAGAGCACGGUGUGCCUGAUGGGACACGAGAGGCGGCAGACCCUGGGCCUCAUAGCCAUGCUGGCGGUGCGCGUUCUCGCCGAGCAGAACGUCAUCCCCAACGUGGCCAACGUCACGUGUUACUACCAACCGGCCCCUUAUGUGGCCGAUGGCAACUUCAGUAACUACUACAUCGCGCAGGUUCAGCCGGUGUUUGCGUGCCAGCAUCCUGCGUACUCCACCUGGCUGCCCUGCAACUGAGGAAAGAUGGAGGGACAGCAUCCGAUUGGUGGAGACAAGCGGCGGCGCGGUCGCCUCCUCAGGCCGGCCCCGGUGUUUGACGGCGGACAGCAAAAAAAAGAAAAGAAGAAAAAAAAGGAGUCUUCUUUGUAAUGUUUGGCCUCAAAGCCGGUGUUUGGCUUCCACUUUGAGUGCAUAGUUUGACGUGAAUAUUUCACAUUCCUCGAGAAAAAAAGGGCCUCCUGAUCCUGCCCAGGCCCACCAGGUUUGGAAAAAAAAGGACUAAUUUGUGGUAGCUUGGGGAAGUAAAAAGGCUUAAAGCGAAUGCGCGAUGGCCUCGAUUCACAGGCAGCAGAACCGCCACCGGAAACCCGAGCCAGACGGAUCGACGUCUGUCAAGAGCUGAUUAGUCAGCAAAACAGCUGCACCAGGGCUCUGAAGUAGACAGCAACACACACACACACACACACGCACAUCAGCUUAACUGAGUUGGGAUGCUGUUAGACUUUGGGUAUCAAGCAUCUCUGCCCUGCAUUUGGAUAUCAUUACGGUUGUUUACAGACCAAAGAUUUUUGUUUGGAUUGUUUCUAACAUUAAAACUCUAUUUUGAUGAAGGGAGGGAAGAAAUAAAAUUAAAUAAAAAUAAAGCUCUGUUUAUUUGUACAUUUUAAGAUUGUGUGUUUGUAUCAAGUGCCUUUUAAAAUAACAAGCAAGGCCAUAUGAUGUUUUCUUGUUUUUGUGUGUGUGUGUGUCUGUGUGUGAAUUGGCCCCAAAGUGUUUAAAGUCAGCGGCCCAGAGGCUCGUGAAUGUACAUGUGAA